GCAUUAACAUACAUAUGCAAAUGGCUUCUCAUAAACUUUCUUCUCUUGUGUUCUUUCUGUUGUUUGGAAUAGGAAUUUGUUCUGCAGCGAGACGAUUGUCAAGUUCUAAUGAAGGAUAUGGUUCUUCAAGUGGUCAUGGUUAUAGUAGCUAUGCUUCUGUAGGAGAAUAUGGUGUUGAAAAGUAUGGCAAUGGAUAUGGAAAAGAUGGUUCAUAUGGAGGAAAAUACGGGGAAUAUAAUGGAGGAAAGUACGGGGGAUAUGACGGGGGAAAACACGAGAGAUAUGAUGGUGGAAACUACGGGGGAUACAGCGGAGGUAGACACGAAGGAUACGAUGAAGAAAAUUAUGGAGGAUACGACGGAGGUAAACACGAGGAAUACGGCGGAUGUAAACACAAGGGAUACGAUGGAGGAAACUAUGGGGGAUACGACUUCAGUAAACACGAGGAAUACGACAAAGAUAAACACGAGGGAUACGAUGGAGGAAACUAUAGGGGAUAUGACGGAGGUAAGCAUGAGGAAUACGGUAGAGGUAAACAUGAGGGGUACGAUGGAGGAAACUAUGGGGGAUAUGGUGGAGGUAAGCAUGAUGAAUAUGAUAGAGGUAAACACGAGGAAUACGAAAGAGGUAAACAUGAGGAAUAUGAAGGAGGAAACUACGGGGGAUACGGCGGAGGCAAGCAUGAGGCAUACGGCGGAGGUAAACACGAGGAAUACGGCAAAGAUAAACACGAGGGAUACAAUGGAGGGAACUAUGGGGGAUACGGCGGAGGUAAACACGAGGAAUACGACAAAGAUAAACACGAUGGAUACGAUGGAGGAAAGUAUGGGGGAUACAGCGGAGGUAAACACGAGGAAUACGACAAAGAUAAACACGAGGGAUACGAUGGAGGAAACUAUGGGGGAUACGGCUUCAGUAAACACGAGGAAUACGACAAAGAUAAACACGAGGGAUAUGAUGGAGGGAACUAUGGGGGAUACAGUGGAGGUAAACACGAGGAAUACGGCGGAUGUAAACACAAGGGAUACGAUGGAGGAAACUAUGGGGGAUACGACUUCAGUAAACACGAGGAAUACGACAAAGAUAAACACGAGGGAUACGAUGGAGGAAACUAUAGGGGAUAUGACGGAGGUAAGCAUGAGGAAUACGGUAGAGGUAAACAUGAGGGGUACGAUGGAGGAAACUAUGGGGGAUAUGGUGGAGGUAAGCAUGAUGAAUAUGAUAGAGGUAAACACGAGGAAUACGAAAGAGGUAAACAUGAGGAAUAUGAAGGAGGAAACUACGGGGGAUACGGCGGAGGCAAGCAUGAGGCAUACGGCGGAGGUAAACACGAGGAAUACGGCAAAGAUAAACACGAGGGAUACAAUGGAGGGAACUAUGGGGGAUACGGAGGAGGUAAACACGAGGAAUACGACAAAGAUAAAUACGAGGGAUACGAUGGAGGAAAGUAUGGGGGAUACAGUGGAAGUAAACACGAGGAAUACGACAAAGAUAAACACAAGGGAUACGAUGGAGAAAACUAUGGGGGAUACAGCGGAGGUAAACACGAGGAAUACGACAAAGAUAAACACGAUGGAUACGAUGGAGGAAAGUAUGGGGAAUACAGUGGAAGUAAACACGAGGAAUACGACAAAGAUAAACACGAGGGAUACGAUGGAGGAAAGUAUGGGGGAUACAGUGGAAGUAAACACGAGGAAUACGACAAAGAUAAAUACGAUGGAUAUGAUGGAAGAAACUAUGGGGGAUACGACCAAGGUAAGCAUGAGAAAUACGGCGAAGGUAAACACGAGGAAUACAGUGGAGGAAACUACAGGGGAUACGGUGGAAGUAAACACGAGGGAUAUGCACCCUAAAAAACACGUUUAGCGGUACAAUAUACAUAUAUUAAUAAUAUCAUGAAGAAAUAAAAAAGAGCCCCACAUAAAUAAUUUUCUCCCUCAUGUAUUCAUAAUAAAAUAUAUAACAAAGAUGGGGAAGGGUUACAAUAUUGCUUAUUGUUCAAAUGAGAGCUCUUGUUGUACUUACUCUUUAAAUAA